AAGACGGAUACGCUGCAUAGUGGGUAAUUUGCUGCAACUGGCUGCAGGUGUGUUUCAUGAAUGUGCACAUCGUAAUAGUUUUAUUUUAAUUUUCUGACCCACUGUGUAGCUGAAUAAAGGCACUAAAUCCAUCAGUCAGGCCUUUUUCGUGUAGUUCCAAACACAGCGCAGUCAAUUCGCCCAAACAGCUUCUACACUCCUCCGUUGUGGAAAACUUUGCUGACAUUUCUAACUUAGUGCCCUGAUGGAAUGCUGUCUGGCUCCUGCCUGCAGAGUCAGGUACACUGGCAUGGAGAAGAAACUUGAUGAAGUAGAGCUGAGAGAGGACGUGGAGGAAAACCACUGCAAGGAAAACCAGACCAGAAACACCCCGAGGCAUGGUGAACGGUUGUCACCUGAUCAUGGAGACAUGCAGGGGGUGAAACCACAAGAUAGACGGGACCAGAAACAAAGGGAAGAGAAACAGACCCUGGAAGAGAAAGAAGGGUUUUCCCACCAGCAGCAGAUCAGAGCUGCGGGGUCAGGUGGAUGUGUGGUGAAGAAAAGUAUCAGGUCCUCUGUCAAGGGCGUGUCCAAUCACAGCUCCCAGGACAAAGACACAGGACGGCAUGGAGACGAGCCCAGGGGACAUGGACCUUUUUAUUACUUUGGUGGAACCAAUGGAGCAGAAAUAGUGAGCAGUUACUGUGAGAGCAGAGGCUGGAAGAGGAUUUACAACAAGAACAGAGAAGAUUUCAAAAUCAAGUGGUGUGAGACCAAGUCUCCAGCCGUCUACUGCAACUUCAGAGAAGGUGAGCAGUUGAUAUUUCAGAUUCCCAACAACAAAGUUCUCACCACUAAGAUCGGCCUCCUCAGCAGCCUGCGGGAGUACGAGAGAGUCUGCAGUAAAGUCAACCACGGCCGAGGACUCAGGAGGCUGAAGAUGGAGGAAUUCAUUCCCACCACCUUCCGCAUGGAUGUGAGGGCAGAGAGGGAUGCUUUCUUUGUCCAACAGGAGGGUGUGAAGAACAAGGAGACUCCUAUGUGGAUCUGUAAGCCCACGGGUCUGAACCAGGGCAGAGGAAUCUUUCUGCUGAGGAGCCGGGAGGACUUGGCUGCCUUCAAACUAAAACUGCUACAGAGGGAAGAGAGUCAGGCCAACAGGAAGGUACAUCCCUGUAAGCCUCAGGGUCGCAUUGUCCAACAUUACAUCCACAGUCCCCUCCUUCUGCAAGGCAAAAAGUUUGACAUCCGCUCCUACCUCCUCAUCGCCUGCACUACACCUUUCAUGGUCUUCUUUCGCCAUGGUUAUGCACGACUGACCUGCGACCUCUAUGACCCAAACUCCAGCAAUCUCACUGCCCACCUGACCAAUCAGUACAUGCAGAAGAAGAACCCUCUGUACAGUGAGCUGAAGGAGGACACGGUGUGGUCCAUGGAGAACUUCAACACCUACGUCAAUGACCGCUUCAGUGUUGCUAAGGGUCUGCCCAGGGACUGGGUCCUGGGCCCCUUCACAAGACGGAUGCAGCGCAUCAUGACACAGUGUUUCUUCGCAGUGAAGUCCAAGUUAGACCGCAGACUUGGUGUCUUUGACCUGAUUGGCUGUGACUUCAUGGUGGAUGAGGACUUUAAGGUGUGGCUUUUGGAGAUGAACUGCAAUCCAGCGCUGCAUACAAACUGUGUGGUGUUAAGGGAGGUCAUACCCAGCACUGUGGUGGAGUCACUGGAUCUAACUUUUGAGAUCUUCAACAAGUGUCGUCGCAGACAGAAACUUCUGCCUUUGGCCAGUCAGAGGGACUUUGUUCUUCUUUUCAAUGGAGAUUUCCCUCAUUGUUCAGGACAGACCUGCAAAAAUGACAAAAACUAUGAACCCCUCCAGAAAACCCCUCCCAAGAUACAAAAGACUGAGAGAAAAAGGUGCAAAUCAGGGACGGAAGGCAAAAGUGUGUUUGCUGUAUGUCCUGAUAAUUGUAUAAAUGAUGUGGAAAGUGUUGAGGCAAAGGGUUGUUCAAAAACCAGCAAUGAGAAAGCCCCAGCUCCUUCUCAAAAAAUAUCACCAGAUGAGAAAGCUUCACAUCUACAGAGCAGCAUUAGCAACAUGCCAACAGUGAAGAGAAAGAGCCUCAGGCCUCGAGUCAAACCUCAACUGAGCAAAUGUCCCGUACAUUUAAAGGACACAGGAGUUAGGAGACCAUCAAAGACUCAGUCUCAUGUCUCAUGAGGAACAGGGCAUCGUGUCAGUAUCAUCAUCACAACUUAGAGGAGGUAGUGUUGUUUCUAGCUGUAUGGAGACUACACUGUUGUGUUUUCAGGUUAGAGUUGCUGUGUGUGUGUUUAUGAACACGGCAGAUGAGAGGAAGCUGUGGAAAAACAGUUCACAGAUGAUACAGAAAGUUCACUGUAUAAACAAGAAGUGGAAGUGUGACUCACGGGGGCAUAAAUAAACAUGUGAUCUAAAAUCA